AUGGUAGACCGGGAGCCAGGUACACCUACCUGGAAGUUCACACAAUGCUUUGGUGACAAAGGCGAUGUGGAAGAUAUCACAGAAGCGGAUAUCAUUUCGACUGUCGAGUUCGACCACACCGGUAACUAUCUGGCAACGGGAGACAAGGGGGGAAGAGUAGUACUGUUUGAGCGGAACGAGACGAAAAAAACCUGCGAGUAUAAGUUUCACACCGAAUUUCAGUCGCACGAGCCGGAAUUCGAUUACCUAAAAUCACUAGAGAUCGAAGAGAAGAUCAACAAGAUAAAGUGGUGUAGACGACAAAACGCUUCCCAUUUCCUCCUUUCGACGAAUGACAAAACAAUAAAACUGUGGAAGGUGUUUGACAAKUCGCUGAAGGUGGUGGCAGAGAACAACUUAUCGAACGAGCUUACACCCGCGGGUGCUGUUGGUGGUGGAGGGGCGCCGCGCGCGCCCCGUUUAUCCUUCAAGGAUGCAUCAGCUCUGAAGCUUCCACGGAUGACACAUCAUGAUACGGUCGUUGCAGCUGUCCCUCGGAGGACAUAUGCAAAUGCUCACGCAUAUCACAUCAACAGCAUUUCUGUGAACAGUGAUGGGGAGACUUUCAUCAGCAGCGACGAUCUUCGAAUCAACCUGUGGAACCUUAACAUUCAAGACCAGAGCUUCAACAUUGUCGAUAUCAAACCUGCAAACAUGGAAGAGCUGACAGAGGUCAUCACAGCUGCUGAGUUCCAUCCCACUAGCUGCAAUUGGUUCAUGUACGCCAGCUCGAAAGGCACAAUCAAGCUUGCCGACAUGCGGCAGCGAGCGUUGUGCGAUGAGCAUUCGAAGCUCUUCGAACAAGAGGAAGAUGCCUCGUCUCGCUCCUUUUUCUCUGAAAUCAUCUCAUCUAUCUCGGACGUCCGUUUCUCACACGACGGCCGGUACAUUGUGUCAAGAGACUACCUCACAGUCAAGAUCUGGGAUGUCAACAUGGAGAGGCAACCGGUGAAGACCAUUCCAAUCCACGAGCAUCUACGGCCACGAUUGUGUGACACGUACGAGAACGACAGCAUCUUUGACAAGUUUGAGGUGGUCUUCUCGGGUGAUGCGGAGAACGUUAUGACCGGAAGUUAUAACAACAACUUUAUGAUCUACCCCACGGACUCUAGCAAGGAAACGGAGAUCGUACUGCAAGCAGACAAGUCCGCCUUCAAGGCCAAGAAGGUCGGUGUCCCGACACCUAUGAAUAAAAACGGCAAGAAGAAUGGGUCCAGGGCUGGUAGCCCCGCUGGUCCGGGCAGUCGGAUGAAGAAAGAGACCGAUGCGGAUCAGAUCGAUUUCAACAAGAAGAUUCUUCACAUGAGCUGGCAUCCUUAUGAGGAUAGCAUUGCCAUUGCUGCUACAAAUAACCUGUUUGUCUUCUCCGCCUUGUAA